CCAUAGCUACAGCAGACGCCAUAAUUGUUGUCAAUCAUUUCUAAGUCAACUUCUAGACAAAAGUAAAUUGAAGGUAGAAGUGUAUUCACUCAGCUCUAACGGUUCUUAAGAUCUUAUUCGACAAUCACACCAAAAUGCCUCCUAAAGCACCAGUCAAAGGGAAACAGCAGUCAGGUGGGAAUAAACCUAAACAAGGCCGCCAGAGUUUGUCUACAAAAGGUCCAGUCAUUAAGGAAGGAGAUGACAUGACAGAUCUAGGUGAUGGAACUGACGCAGAUGACUGGAGUCAGGCUAAAACAUUAGAAAAGCCAUCUGAUCAGUUGCAGCUCUCGGAACAGGAUUUAAAAGAAGAAUUUACAAGAAUUCUAACAGCCAAUAAUCCUCAUGCACCACAAAAUAUUGUUCGUUACAGCUUUAAAGAGAAACAAUAUAAACAGACAUCAAGUGUUGAUCAGUUAGCUAUACAUUUCUCUCUCGAUGGUAAUAUGUUACAUAAAGAAUCUGAUGAGGCUAAGAGACAGAAAGGAAAACUUGGCUUAGCUGAAGCAUCAAGUGAACAGGCUGUGAGUGAAGCAGGAGAAGGAGCUGGGGCUGCAGCAGAAGAAGGGGAAGGUGAUAAACAAGAGGCAGCAGAAGAAAGAGCUGAUGAUGCUGCUACACCAGCACCAACAGAUAAACGUAAACUAACCAAUCAGUUCAAUUAUAGUGAACGUGCUUCACAAACAUACAACAACCCAUACAGGGAACGUGGUACAGCUACAGAACCACCUCCAAGAGCCACCUUUGCUGGUAAUGUAACACAGUGGGAAAUAUAUGAUGCUUAUUUAGAAGAUUUUGAAAAACAGGAGAAAUCUAAAGAGAAGAAAACUAUACCUGGUAGAAAAGAAGAGGAGAAAACAAGGAAAAAAUUAACUAUUACCGAAACACAGAGUGAUGAUAUAUCUCGUGUAUCUAGUGCCAGUAAAAUUGUUGAAAGGAUGGUCAACCAGAAUACUUAUGAUGACGUUGCACAAGAUUUUCGUUAUUGGGAAGAUGUGUCUGAUGACUACCGAGAUCAAGAGGGAACACUUUUACCAUUAUGGAGAUUUUCACACGAUAAAGCAAAGAAAUUGGCAGUUUCAUCUUUAUGCUGGAAUCCGAAAUAUAAUGAUCUUUUUGCUGCUUCAUUUGGUUCAUAUGAUUUUAUGAAACAAGGAACUGGUCUGAUCCUCUUCAACUCUUUAAAAAAUCCUUCCUAUCCUGAACAUGUAUUUGAAACAGAUAGUGGAGUUAUGUGUUUAGAUGUUCAUCCAGAACACCCAUAUCAAAUAGCGGCUGGUUUUUACGAUGGCAGUGUAGCCGUAUUUAAUGCAGUAGAAAAGAAAGACGGACCCGUACACCGAUGUACAGCAAAGAACGGAAAACACACAGACCCAGUAUGGCAAGUCAGAUGGCAGAAAGAUGACUCGGAUAAUAACAUGAACUUUUACUCAAUUUCUUCAGAUGGCAGAAUUGUUCACUGGACAAUAGUAAAGAAUGAGAUGAUAUAUCAAGAUGUUAUUAAAUUAACUAUACCAGAUGCUUCAGCUGAGGGACCUGAUGGUAUUAAAGUUCCAACAUUAGGAUGUGGUACAGCAUUUGAUUUUCAUAAACAGAAAGAUUAUCUGUUCUUAGUUGGUACUGAAGAGGGUAAAGUUCAUGUCUGUUCUAAAGCCUACACAAGUCAUUUUAUUGACUCAAUAGACGCCCAUAAUAUGGCUGUAUAUAAGGUAGCAUGGAAUUAUUUCCACUCUAAACUUUAUAUAACCUGUAGUGCUGACUGGAAUGUUAAAAUCUGGGAGAUGGGUUCAAAAAUAGACAAAAAUACAGAUGGCACAGAAUCUUCUGAAAGAAAGCCAUUAUUUUCAUUUGAUUUAAAUAACUCUGUUGGUGAUGUGGCCUGGGCUCCUUAUUCUUCUACUGUGUUUGCUGCUGUAACUGCUGAUGGCAAGGUAUAUGUGUAUGAUUUAAAUGUAAAUAAAUAUGAACCAAUCUGUGAACAAAUGGUAGCCCAGAAAAAGAAGACAAAGUUAACUCACAUAGAAUUUAAUCCUGUUCAUCCUAUUAUUAUUGUUGGAGAUGAUAGGGGUAAUGUUACUAGUUUGAAACUUUCACCAAACUUGAGAAAAGUACCAAAGGAAAAGAAAGGACAACCACCAAUGGAUGCUUCUCAGAAACAACAAUAUGAAUUAACUAAAUUAGAGAAGAUAUUAGCUAUGGUUCGAGAACCAACCGAGUCUAAUGUAGCCAACUAAAUGCUUUAAAUAAUUUUACCAAUACUGCUACCAAACAUACCCCACAAACAAAGACAUCAGUUACAUCUUUUGUAAAUUCAAGAGUUAGUAUUAAACGACAAUAACAUCGGUCAGUUGUUGGAUUUUCUAAGAAAAUUGGGGCAGCUACAUGAUUAUGAGAAAUCAAUAAAAAAGCAUUAAAACAAAAUAACAGCAUUUCAUCUUGAAUUUUGUAUUACACAGUAUAUGUAUUAUAAGUAUAAAUUUAUUAUGUAAAUAGAAGUUCAUUGAGAAAAAUUCAUCUUAACUAGCCAUACUAAGUUAUUGUUUUGUAAUGUCAUUUUAUGUUUGAAAUAUUUAUUCAUAUUGUUGAUAAAUUAUUCUGUGAUAUACUUUAUAUAAAAAAUAUUGUAAAACUUUUAUUAAGUUUUAUUAUGAAAUAUUCCAAAAAUAAAAAAUGCAAAUUCAAAGAUUUAUAUUUUCCCACAAAAUUACAACAAAAAUAUACGAAAAAUACUGAAUGGAAUGUCAUGUUAUGUAUAAGACUGCCACACCACUAUACACAGAGAUAAGAUUACUAUUUGAAAUAUGGUACAUUCACUAUUAUUGGAGAUAACAGACAGAGUUAUGGAUAACAUGGACUAUCGUUAUGAGAGUACCCUCAUUAAUAAACGUAGUGAAUGUUAACCAUAAUGCUGUCUAUGUAUAUUGCUCUCACUAAUUGCCCUUUAAAGGUAUUAUUGAAGAUAAAGAAAAUUCUAUUUGGUAAAAGCAUGAACUUAAAGGAAUAAGCUUAUUGCCAGUCAUGCUAGAUACUAUUCAAAAUUUGUUUAACAAUUCAAUAUACAUGUACCAUGUAGACUAAAAUUUCGUAAAAUGAAAUGAAAUUGGGUUAACCUCCUCCUGUUCUGCACAGACUAGGCUAAUGAAGACGAGCAUAUGCCAUACAGUGUGCUAUGAGGGAAGGUUUAUCUGGGCAGCAACACUAUGGCCUACUCUGAUAUGGAAUUCCAACUGCAAGGUGUUUUUUACAUGCAUGCCAAUGUGUACACAGGACCAAUAUAACGUUCAUAAAGACAACUGCAUCUUUUAUUCCAAACAAUUAAUUUCUCUGAUUUCACACGAACGAUUUGCUUUUUGAGAGUAAGAUCUGGAGUCAAAAUAAUCAUGGUAACUUUUAUCAACCCUUUCACAUUUUUGGUUUGCGCCUCGUCUGUAUGACGUUUGUAAAUCUAACCAAAAUUAUGCAGACAAUAUUUUUUUUAAAGACUGUCCACAUACAUGUACAUGUAAUUAAUAAUUUUCAAGUUUACAAAAAUAAAUUAUUCUGCCAAUAAGAGGAAAUAUUUUGAAACCACAUUUACAGGGUAACGAGAUAUAUGUUUUCAUGGUAGAGCCUGAAAUCAGUUGUGAAAUAUCUCAAAUAUAUACCAAAUUUGGCUAUGCCCCUUCAAGAUGACUAGAUAAAUUUCUUAAUGGCAUAAAAAAAAAAAUGACUAAAUUGUGUAUAUACAGUAAACUUUGCAUAAGUUGGAUCUAAGUGGACUGACCAAUUUUAUCCGAGUUAAGAGGAGAUCCGAGGUGGAUGAAGACUGAAAUUCAAUCUUAGCUCGAUUACAAAUAAACUGCAAGAACCAGAUAAUAAUAGAUUCAAACGCACAUUUCAAGCUUUUGUUUGUAUCUGCAAGUAGAUAACUUUUGUUUUGUCGCCAUCUUUGAAAAAUGUCCUAAAUUUUCCCAGAAAGUGUCUCGUACAGCAGACAGCGAGUUUCGAAUUUUCCAGGAAAAUUCUAUUAUUGUGUCGCGUCAAAUAGGCUGAUUUGAGUCAAAAUGAUCGGGGAAAGUAUUUUGGGCUUUGUGCAUGGAAUAGCUAACCGUGGUUAAGACCAUCGAGACGAAACCUACUUAGUCAAAUUCUGAACAUACUGCUGAUCCAACUUGGGCAAAGGAAAAAAGCCUGAAUUAGAUCAAAUGGACCAAACAUUUUGAUCCGAGUUGAGCAAAGAUCCGACUUAGGAAAUCUGACUUGCGCACUAAAAUUUAAUAAGAAAAACUUCCAGGAGCAAAGGGUCCAAACGAUUUUAUCAGAGUUGAGUGAAGAUCCGACUUAGGCAAGGUUUACUGUAUUUGAACUCCUUAGAGAAAUACAUGAAAUUAUAGGAAGACAAUCUUAAUAUAUGUACUGAAUCCUAAAACGUUCAUAAAAAUAAUGCUUAUUCUUUACCAUGUGUAUUAUGUAUAUGAUGAAAUUACCCUGAAACCUUGAGAUUCAAAUUAAAUAAAAUGCCUAUUACAUGUACAAUAUUUUUUACAUAAGCAUAAUAAAUAAUAACAUACAUUUUCCCACUAGCUGUGUGGAUCUUGAGAAUUUGGAUAUUUAGGGUUUUCAAUAACACCUUUACCAAAUUUAUAUUCUAAGAAUUUUUUGACAUUGUUCGGAGCUGGAGCAUCUAAACCUACAAAUUGGAUUUUUGUUAAAGGUUUUAAAAAACUUUCAGGAAAUUCGGUAUCUUGUCUAUGAGUUUUCAUCCAUGUAUUUUUAGUCAUAGUGCCAUUCUUAGAAUAAAAUGGGAAAAUAUCAA